ACACAUUCAUCAUACAUCACCAAUCUCUCUUCUCCUCUCACAUCAAUAAUUUUCAAACUUUCCUCUCUUCUCCGAAGUGAUCUUCCGGCAAGUAAAAAAGAUGAAUCUCAAGUCGUUUAGGAGCGACCAUGGAACCCUUCAUUCUAUGAUCGGAACCGAUUUCAACGAGCUCACUAUCGCUGCUAAGAACCUAGCUGCCCACACCUUCACGCUCACUGGUUUAGGCUUUGGUACCUCUGUCCUCGAAUGGGUUGCUUCUAUCGCCGCCAUAUACUUGUUGGUGUUGGAUCGAACCAAUUGGAAAACGAAUAUGCUCACAUCACUUCUUAUUCCUUACAUCUUCUUCAGUGCUCCUUCCUUGAUCUUUGGUAUUUUCAGAGGAGAAAUCGGUAAAUGGAUUGCGUUUGUAGCUGUUAUUGUACAACUCUUCUUUCCUAAACACGCCAAAGAGUACUUGGAAUUACCGGUGGCUUUGGUUCUGAUCGCCGUCGUGGCACCUAAUUUAAUUGCCGGCACGUUCAGAGACAGUUGGAUUGGUUUAGCCAUUUGCUUAGGAAUUGGAUGUUACUUGCUUCAAGAACAUAUUAGAGCUUCAGGUGGUUUCAGAAACGCCUUCACUAAAGCCAACGGUAUCUCCAACACCGUCGGGAUCAUUUGUCUCGUUGUCUUCCCCGUUUGGGCUCUUAUCUUUUAAGCUAUCAUUUCAGAACUUUUCAGUUUCUUUUUCCAUUAGUUUUUAUGCUUCUUCCAUGUAAGAGUGAUUGCUUUGUAUGAUUCUGUCUCUCCUAAAUCGUAACUAUCAAUGAAUGUGAUUUGAAUAAAGAAUUGCUUCAGAAAUAAGAUAUGGUCAUGAGGUGUUA